UGAAAUAGGAAUCGAAAAAGAUGAAUGUAAAUCAUUAAAUAACACCAAACCAACAAAGUGGUGGUUGCAAUCUCCUGAAAGUAGAAGUUCGAAUGGAUCUAAUGCCAAAGAUGCAAGCUUCACUAGUUGUGGAUAUGAGAAUGUUGAUAGUGUGAAUGAUGAGAAUGAGGUGAUUAAAGAUGAAAAACUUUAUUAUAUGCCCAAAGAGAAUAGUGAGAUUGAAGAUGUUAAUAAGACGUCCAAUGAAGAUAAAUCAAAAGAAGAUUUUAAAGCGAAAAUGGGAGUAGAAAAGGAUAUAAUGACGACUAGUAGUGAUGGAGAAAUAGAUGAUAAAAGAAGAGUAGUUAGUAGAAUAAACAUUGAUGAAACUGCAAAAGCAACGAUUAGAACGAGUUUAUGUUCAAAUCUAAUAAGCAUGAAAUAUGCUAAAGAAAAAGAACUUACCUGGAAAUGUAUGAAGAAGCAAAUCAGUGAUGAAGUUGUUGGAAAAGUUUCUGGCAUUGAAGUUGACAUUAACGGUGUAAAAGUGGUUCAAGAAUUUUGU